GCCGCUUUGUUUUCCUUUCCACCAUGUCUAUAAAUCCGUAUCCUAUGGUUCCCGCCAGUGCCUUCGCGAACCUACCCACCAAUCUCAACCCCAGCACAACCGCGCCCGUCCCAAAACCCAACUUUUAUCCUGCUUUCCCCCAUCUUCAGUUAUCAUCGGUCCCUAAUCAACCCUCACAAGAACCACCGCGGCCGCCUUCGCCCGCUCCACCCGCAGUGACGCCAACAGUCGCGUCUAAAUGUGUCAGGAAAUUGAUUACCUCUGAACUCAAGGGUGUUCAGUUUGAUGGAGCUCAAGGUGCGGCAAUGGAGAGAUUGGAGCAAGAAGUAGUUGCAUUCGUACAGAGAUUGUAUCAUCGUGCUCAUGAAUACGCAGAGCUGUCCAAUCGUGCAGGACCAGUUGCCACUGAUCUGUUGCGCACCUGCGAUGAUUAUGGAAUAUCGACAGAAUCUUUGCGCAAAGUGAAGUCAAAGACAUUGAGAAGGAGGCGAAAAGCGCCUGAUAUGGUACGACCCCACCAACUGACCUCUCUCGAACCAAGGUCACCCUCCCCUGAACUAUUGCCUUCUGACGACGAAGAGACACCCGCGAGUAUACCAGCUACAAUUCGUAGUCUACCGAAUGUAUACCCUGCGCUUCCUCCCAAACACACGUAUCUACAAACACCUAUAUCUCCCCCCAAGAGGGCAGCUUUACCAUCUCUUGAAAAGAAACUUAAAACCGCAGGUUUGGUACAAGAGUCGCUGAAAAACCUAUUGUUAGCAACGGAGGAUAACUCUAACCAGGAGGAUGCCGAGUUAUUGGGACACAUUGUGAACUGGGAGGUAAAUGUGCGACCCCGUAAGAAAUGGAAAGUGGGGAGGACCUAGGUUCGUGGCAUGUUUAUUUUGCUAUUAGUCGACACGAAUAGCAUACAUGGGCUUCUACGAAUAUGAGGCAGCGGUAGACGUUUUGUUCGCAAGACGUCGGGACUGCCGCGUACCCACACUAGUUACCACCGUGCCAAUCGACAUAUCUUGUGUAUCAGAGUUGCCUUCACCCUCCCUGCUUGACGGAAUACCAGAAAUGGAUGGAUUUGGGUUCAUUACUUUGUUUUGGCCUCGGUCUAGACUGCGAGGCGGUGAUUGCCGGACGCAUAGGCAUAGCUAAGUCCAUAUCCACUGGCGCAGCCGCGGAAGCUACGGUAAUCUGCGAGGAAACAUUCGCCUUGGAUUUGCCUUUCUCUUUCGUAGACAGCUGUCUGUUU